CAAAGCCACCCUAAAGGAAAAAUUAUAUCCGCCUGACAGUAGCACGUAGCUACAGAUGGCAUAUAAAGAGAUUUCACGUAAAGAAUGCUUCGCAGUCGAAGAAAAAUCAUCCUGUUUCGGGUUUGGUUAUGCACACAAGGUUGGGCUGGUUUUCAAGGUGUGUGCUCCUUCUCCAACACAGUUCGCCCCCUGAAGAAAGCCGGGUUUUUGGCCGGGGACCACCUGUGCCCAUUAACAUAACCGGUGACUGACUGGUGGCAACGUGGCUUUGUAACAACGUCUUCCCGCCCGCCAGGCGAACACUUAACCACAAGUUUCUCUCCAAGUAACGUUUCUUCAACAGGAUGAAUUUUUCUCCACCUGCGAUUCUUUCUUUAGGAUGGUUAGGUUUUCUUCGCAAGUUUGUCCUAAAGUCAGGUGGUUUUUUUUUUUUUUUGGUCUUAUCUAAACUUUCCUUCACCUUGCGGGCUCCGCAGACCUGAUUAGCCAUACGCCGUGACCUCUUGACGUAAAACAAGUACCCUAACAUUUGUAGGUGGGACAAUGUAACCGCUUUGAAUAAUGCAGUAGUUUGUUGUCUCUUCUGGCACUCGCAUUAAGGGUCAAUUGUCUUGCAUGCAGGAAUGACGACCGCAACUUCGCAUUUAUUCUUGGGGGCAUCUGCUGCGUCUGUGCAAGCAUACUUCUGGUGAUGGCAUUGACCGCAGUGUUUUGAGAUGACGUCGACGCUACUGAAAAGCCGGCAGUUUACAAAGUAGGAGGAGGUAGCUCACCACCGAAGACGACCAAAGCGAAUACACUACCGAAGCCGACAGCUCAGAAAAAAGUCGCGAGUACUAAAACUCCACCGAUGCCGAAGAGUACAACGCCUACUUCUACGCCUCGUCCUACCACUACGCCUCGUUCCACUAGCACGCUUCGGCCCACUACAACGCCUCGCCCCACUACUACGCCCCGUUCCACUACUACGGCCCGCCCCACUACUAUGCCCCCGCCCCGCCCCACUACGCCUCGUCCCACUGCGCCUCGUCCCACUACAACGCCUCGUCCCACUACAACGCCUCUUCCCACUACAACGCCUCGUCCAACAAAAAGGUCUCGUCCCACUAAAAGGCGUCGUCCCACUAAAAGGCCGCGUCCCACUACAACGCCCCGCCCCACUACUACGCCCCGCCCUACCACUACGUCUCGUCCCACUACAACGCCUCGUCCAACUAAAAGGCCUCGUCCCACUAGAACACCUCGCCCCACUACUACGCCCCGCCCCACUACUACGCCCCGCCCAACCACGACGCCUCGUCCCACGAAAAGGCCUCGUCCCACUACAGCACCUCGCCCUACUACUACGCCCCGCCCUACUACUACGCCUCGUCCCACAACAACGCCUCGUCCCACUAAAAGGCCUCGCCCCACUAAAAGGCCUCGUCCCACUACAACGCUUCGGCCCACUACAACAACACGGCCCACUACUACGCCCCGCCCCACUACUACGCCCCGCCCUACCACUACGCCUCGUCCCACUACAACGCCUCGUCCCACUACAACGCCUCGUCCCACUACAACGCCUCGUCCCACUACAACGCCUCGUCCCACUACAACGCCUCGUCCCACAACAACGCCUCCUCCCACUACAACGCCUCGUCCCACUACAACGCCUCGUCCCACUACAACGCCUCGUCCCACUACAACGCCCCGCCCUACAACUACGCCCCGCCCUACAACUACGCCCCGUCCCACUACAACGCGUCGACCCACUACAACGCGUCGACCCACUACAACGUCCCGGCCAACUACAACGUCCCGGCCAACUACAACACCUCGGCCUACCACUACGCCUCGCCCUACCACUACGCCUCGUCCUACCACUACGCCACGUCCUACCACUACGCCUCGUCCUACCACUACGCCUCGUCCUACCACUACGCCUCGCCCUACCACUACGCCUCGUCCUACCACUACGCGUCGCCCUACCACUACGCCACGUCCUACCACUACGCCUACUCCUACGACAACCAGUAGUACCCCUACGCGCAAGCCUACGCUGUUCUGUGUGUUUGGCCCGACGUUUACAAGCGAUGCGGUCAUCAAGCAACACAUAUGCGAGUACGCCGUAUACGAUGGCUCUGCCUUUCUCGGCGCUGUGUGGCCUGAAGGCGCCCAACGCAAGCUCGAGAUCUUUUUCAAGGCGUUCCCGAGGAACUCCCGCACUGUUGCCGGCUUGAGCUUCAACGCCGACCGCCCGUCGCACCCGCAGAGCGCGGUGCAGCAGCUCCCCAAGGUUGGAGCUAAAGAAUUGCAACGCUACAUUAAUCGAGUACCCCCUUGCAUCGCUAUGGGAUUCCUCAACGUUAACUUCGCCCCUACAAAAGUGAAGACGUUCCUAGCAGCGAUGAAGGCGAGUUCUCGUUUUUAUGGCUAA